AAGGGGACACCAGUGUCAUCCCUCCCACUGCAGGUGGGCUAGGGCUUGAGAGAACACUAUUUCAGCAAUGAAGGGGAAAUGCCAGUGACCAGUGCUCAUGCAGGAAAGGAACAGGGGAGGGAGGGAAUUCAGAACUAUAGAGUAGAGGAAUACAGCGAAUAGGGAAGGAGUGGGGAGGCCCAGCCUUCCACUGUAUCCACCCCCCAGAAGGAAGCUAGUCUACUGUGAAGCAGUCCUUCAAACACAGAAAGCAAGAACCUCAUUCUCUGGAAUCUUUUCUUUGCCAACCAGACUAGCAGAGGUCAGUGAAGUCUCAGGAGAAUUGAGCAAGCCUGCAGCAAGGAUUGUAUAGGAAGACCACUUGGGAACACUGCCUUUUCUGUCUCUUGGAGCAGUGUUGUGGCACUGGGGAGAAUGGAAAUCAAAUUUUUGGUGAUCUGUCUCAAAACCCUCCUCCUCCUAUACUCCUUUGUCUUUUGGAUUACCGGGGUGAUCCUGUUGUUCAUUGGAGUCUGGGGAAAGCUUACCCUGGGCAUCUAUUUAUCUAUUGCCAAAACCUCCACAGAUGUCCCCUCUGUGCUCAUUGGCACUGGCACCAUGAUUGUCAGUUUUGGUCUAUUUGGAUGCCUUGCUGCAUGCCGAGGUAGCCCAUGGAUGCUGAAGCUGUAUGCUCUGUGUCUGUUGCUGGUGUUCCUGGCUGAGCUUGCUGCUAGCAUUUCAGGGCUUCUGUUUCACCGUGAGAUCAAGGCCAGCUUCCUGAGGAUUUAUGCCAACGCUGUGCAGCAUUAUAACGGCCGCGAUGAGAAGAGCCAGGCGGUGGACCAGGUGCAGUAUUCCCUGAGCUGCUGUGGUGCGACCAACUACACCAAUUGGGAAACCAGUCCCUACUUCCUGGAACAUGGCAUCCCCCACAGCUGCUGCAAGAAUGAAAGUGAUUGUGACCCCCAGGAUCUGCACAACCUGACUGUGGCUGCCACCAAAGUUAACCAGAGGGGCUGCUAUGAUCGGAUGAUGACUUUCUUGAAGGGAAACACAGGCAUGGUCAUUGGAGUGCUCUUUGCAGUCACUUUUUCCCAGCUGAUCGGUAUGAGGCUUUCCUGUUGUCUAUCCCGGUUCAUCAUGGCCCAUCAAUACGAGAUGAUGUGAAACGUUUUCCAAGGGCAAUGGCGUAAGGAACCCGUUUCGAAGAAGCACUACUCCACCCUCUGAAAGACUUGCAAAGAACAUGAGCACACAGAACUCAGCAGCCCCGUUCUUGCCGCCCUCUUCCUUGGGUCCCACACCAUCCAAGUUGCUGACAUGGCAACCCGAUCUCUGCUCCAAAUUUUAGCCCACAUGAAGUUUGCUGUUCAUCUCAUGAAGCCCUGUUGUGUUACACAGUGUACCCACCUGCAGCUAGUCAUAGUGAAUCCCCACCCCCAUGGCCCUGUGCAUGCAAGUUCUAAUUGUGCCAAAUACAGCUUAUUGUGGGAGCCUGGUUAUCACAUCAUCGCUGGCCUCCUGUGGUCCUGCAUGCACUAUGGGAGACUCUCAACCCUUCAUGAUGAUAUACCAAUGCCACACACCUUUAUAGAGAUGACCAGAUGGUAGUUAUCAGCUCUUUGGGUUUAAUCUUGUUUGCUUUGGUUUUCAUUUUGCUGGGAUGUCCCUACCUUCUUUUGGCUGGAGUUGGGAAGAAACGCAUCAGUAGUUUCUCAUGAGGAGAAGAUGGCAUGCAUUAUGGUGGAAACUGUUGCGUGUGCAAACCCUAGCUAGUUCCUCCCCUAGGUCUAUAGAGACAACUGGCCACUGACCACUCCGUAGAAGCCUACAUAACCUACAUAACCUCGUUCUAAGGCUGUGUGGUUUCUUCCCUUGUCGGUAAUGAUGCCAACUCUGGUUUUCCCCACCGACUAUUUGCUGUUGUUAUUUUUUUC